AUUCGCUCUCCUCAAUUUGGGGCCUCCCAGGGCCCCCCCCCCCAACUCAUAUUUCACACAAAUCCUUUUCCAAAUUUCAAUUCCUAAAACCUAAUCACAGCUCUCGAUUAGGGUUAGGGUUAGGGUUUUUCCCAAAAUGCGGCGGAAUUGCUGCCAUGUGUCCCUAGCCUUCGUGCUCAAAUUCCUCAACUUCCUUCAAGCCUUCGUUGGCGUCUCGAUCUUACUCUACUCGGCGUGGAUGCUUGAUCAGUGGAACCAUCACAUUCCGGUGUUCCCUCCGUCCUCCGCGCCUUCCCCGGACCCUCCUUUCUCACUCUCGCUGAGCUCCGGCGCCGGCGCAGUUUCCGAUCAGGUCAAUUUUGGAGUCCAGUUGGUGUCUGGGUUGGAUGAAGGCAUGGGGUUUCAAUUGAAUGCCCUGAACCUCCCUGCUCCUUGGUUCAUAUACUCUUUUAUGGGAGUGGGGGCUUUGCUCCUCUGCAUUACUUUCAUAGGUUGUAUCGCAGCUGAAUCGAUCAACCGUUGCUGCUUGUGUUUCUACAGUCUACUCAUAACUGUACUAGCUCUAGCAGAAGCAGCUCUGGUAGCUUUCAUAGCAAUUGAUCACCAUUGGGACAAGGAUCUUCCAGUUGACCCAACUGGUGAACUUGAGAGUUUUCAAUCUUUCAUUGAAAAAAACAUUGACAUAUGUAGGUGGGUUGGGAUAGCAGUUGUUGGAAUACAGGCUUUAUCUCUGCUACUAGCAAUAAUUCUACGAGGCAUGAUAUCUACCCAUAAAGCUGACUAUGAUGUUGAAGAUGAGUAUGAUGCUAGGGGUAGAACUCAGGAACCACUGCUAAAUCAACAUUUAAGCCAAGCAUCUGGAUCAACUAAGGUGGAUGGCAGAGGGACUCACUCUGACAUUUGGAGCUCACGUAUAAGAGAUAAGUAUGGACUGAGCUCUGGUGAUAAAUACAAUUCCGUAAAUCAGAAUGCAUCAUUGAGUAUGAAAUCCAGGCAGUGAAGGCAUAAAGGUUUUUCAUUGAUAUUUGACUGUAUAUCAUCAUUCUCUCGUUUCCAAUGCCUUCUGCUCUAGUUUCUAGAAUGUUUUUUCUAAUACUUGGACAAAACACUGAUGUGUGUCUAUAUACAAGUCUUCAAAAGUGUGUUUAUAUCUAUUGCUUGCUUUGCCCUGUAUCAAUUGGCAACUGUGUCCAGUAAGAUGUUAGUCACUAAGGGUAAAAAUGGUAGAAAACUUGUGAUAUAUGUACAAUGUUUGUGAUCAUCAUCGUACUUGGUUUAUUGUAAAGUUACGAAAUAACAGAGAUCAUAUCAAAGCAACACAUGGCUUUUGUGUUUGUUAUGCAGAACUGUACCUGGUAGAAAACUAAAAAAAAAAAAAAAAACCACUGCUGUUCACAUAAAGAUAUACAUCAAGUAUCAUGCCACAUGUACCAAAUGAUCUCCGCCCUUUUCAGUUUUCAUCGCCAGAAACGAAAAGCUAAAAACAAAUCAAAUGAUAGAUAGUUUCUCCCAUUGGAUCCAAAGCUGUCUACCUUGUCCGUAGUUUUCCUCUGACAAUCAUGAGUCUGGUCGUAGUUUUCCAGUUGAUCUAUAUAAGACUGCGAUAUCAGCUAUGCUUAUAAUGG